CCCUGCCGGGAAGAGCUCAGAAGCCCGCCAGAUUUCGAACUGAGCGCGCGGCCGUCGAGAGAAUGUGCUGACGCUAACAAACGUUGUAACAUUGGCAGAAAGUAGAUUGUAGAACUUAGUCUGUGUAUAGUGGCAUCACUCCCGAUGAGAGGAAUACAGUAAAUUAAGCCAAAGAAGAAACGAGAGAGAAGGUAGAGACUGAGCGAGAGGCGUCCUUAACACAGAAGAUGAAGACUCGGUUACAGAUGUUACGAUUACGGCCGCUACUAUUGGUGGUGGCGCUGGCUUCGCUCCCGGCUCUGUCUUCAGCCCAGUGCUUCGGAGGGACGCUGACUAUGGAGAAGACGGUGGGGAUGUCCUUCAACGAGCCGUCACAGCCCCUCCUCAGCAAGCAGGACGCAGCAGUCACCAGCGAGUGUAACAGGGUCUGCAAUAACAGCCCCCAGUGUAGGGCUUUUUCAGUAGAUUUCUCCACCUCCAGUUGUGUUUCCUUCGACCGUACGUCAGAGGGUCGGCGCCGCUCCCUCGUCUAUAAGCAAGGCUCCAACUACUUCGAGAAAAUCUGUCUAAGAGGAGUGGAAUACAAUCGGCUGUGUGGCCAGGAUCGGCUGUGGCCCUUCGAGAGGACCCUGGACUCCUAUCUGGAAGGCUUCGACGAUAAGAGUAUCCCCAACGUGGGCAACCGAGCGGACUGUCUGAAGCUGUGUUUGACCGAGACUGAUUUCCCCUGCAGAUCAAGUGAGUACGACCUCAACCGCCAGAUCUGUCGACUCAGCAAGGAAGACCGAAGGACCAAACCUAACGAUUUCGUGUCAGCACCCGGGUCCUCAAUUGACUACAUGGAGAACCAGUGUACCAGGAUGCUGCCUGACUGCCGCUACGCCGUACAGAACGAUGCGAUGGUUAUAUCCUUAGACGUCCUGGAGUUCGCCAACGUUCAGACAGACUGUGAGAGUUUGUGUGACAGCUCUCGGAUAAUGACCUGUCGCUCCUACACGUUUGACCCCACGGAGCAAAGGUGUUACUUAUCAGGGGACGAUGCUGUCUCACUCAACAAGACAGUUCUACCGUACAAGAAAGGUGUCGUCACGGGGGAGAAGCAGUGUACAGUCAAAGGACACAUCAGAAGAGGUCAGUGUGAGCUGGAUCAGGGCACCAUUAUCUAUGAGAAGAUGACGGGACUGACUGUAAGGACGGCCAGGGAGGCACUCUACCAGCUUGACGAUUCUCCGGGAGGCAUCAGUGAGAAAUGCGCCAAGUUGUGUCUGGAUGAUUCGGGUGAGUGUCCGUCGUUCGCCGUCGACUACCGCAAUAACCGCUGCUUCAAACUCGACCGCAACACCCAGGGUCGAGCAAUAGACAUCGUGAGCUCACCAGGCAAGAGUUACUAUGAGAAGAUCUGUGUUAGAGCCGCUCUACCCAUACUGUGCCGGGAUAAUGUGUGGCACUUCGAGAGGGUGCCUGGCAUGGAGCUGAGAGGCCUGGACGAUAGGCUCAAGGCGGUGGUUCAGAGCCGUCGGGAUUGUAUUGAGGCGUGCCUUCUGGAGACGACCUUCCAGUGUAGGUCGGCUGAAUACGACUCGGUCACUCUCCUGUGUCGCCUGAGUAGGAGUGACAGAAGGUCCUCCCCUAACGAAUUCGUCAAGGCUGUAUCUACCACCAUGGAAUACCUGGAGAAUCAGUGUGUCCCAGAGAGCUCGACCUGCCCCUACGCAAAGACUGAAGCCUCCUACCCGGUUUACCUCGAUGACACGAUCAAUGGUGUGACGUCAGAACUCCAGUGCCAGAAUCUGUGUUCCGACUACCGUAAAUUCACCUGUCGUGCCGUCUCUUACUACGCUACGGGUUCUCAGUGUUUCAUCUCUGGUGACGAUAAAGCGUCAGGAGGAGGCAGCGACGCCCUACAGAACCGCCCCGGGACAACAUACUUCGAGAGAGACUGUACGGCUGGUACUGGUGGUAGUGGAAGCGGUGGCGGUGGUAUUGGAGGUGGUGGUAGUACAGGAGGUGGUGGUACUGGAGGUGGUGGCAUUGGCGGUGGUGGCACUGGAGGUGGUGGCAUUGGCGGCGGUGGUACUGGAGGUGGUGGCAUUGGAGGUGGAGGUACUGGAGGUGGUGGCAUUGGAGGUGGAGGUACUGGAGGUGGUGGCAUUGGAGGUGGUGGUACUGGAGGCGGUGGCACUGGAGGUGGUGGCAUUGGCGGCGGUGGCACUGGAGGUGGUGGCAUUGGCGGCGGUGGUACUGGAGGUGGUGGCAGUGGUGGUACAGGAGGAGGAGGUGGGUUUUCCUUCCAAGUAGAUCGCUGUAGCUUCGGCCGCCUCACCUACGAGAAGGUUACGGGUUUCGAGCUCUCCGGGGUCAAGUCAACGCCUCUCUUCUCCAGCAGGACGACGCCAGGUAUCACGGCCAGGUGUUCCGAGCUCUGCAAAAACCUCAACAGUUGUAUGUCCUUCAACCUUGACUACAACAGGCUCGAGUGUUACUCCCUAGAAACCCGGGCCACCGAAGCUCCACAGAACCUCCGUCCGUCCAGCGGUGUAGGCUACUUCGAGGGCAUCUGUCUCAGAAGUGGAGGAUGUGGUCUGAGGUGGACCUUUGAGCGGGUUCCUAACUACGAACUGAGUGGUCAAGAACGAGAAACAUUAAAUAGCAUUACCAAGGCAGAGUGCAUGGAGAGGUGCCUAGAGGAGAGGAGAUACGUGUGUCGGUCUGCCAACUAUGAGUACAGCCAGAGGGUGUGUCGACUCUCUGACCAAGACCGCUUCUCCGCCCCCAACUCCCUCCAAGCAGCUCCCAACGUUGACUACAUGGAGAACCAGUGUGCCCCAAAGGCUACAGGCUGUACCUACACCAACAACCAGAGAGACAGGUACCUCAUCUACACUACCAAGGCCACCAACGCCUUUAGUGACGCCGCCUGCAGGAGAUCUUGUGACAUCGAGAGCGAGUUUAAUUGUCGCUCCUACUCCUUCAUGAGCGCCAGCAACACCAAUGCCAACCAAUGCUACCUGAGUGGUGACAAGGGGUCCAACGUUGGCAACAAUGCCUUCCAGUUCCUCACAGGUGCAAUGUUUGCCGAGAAGGAAUGUACCGACUUCUCCACAGGUGGUGGAGGCGUAGACCCGGCAACUGGAGAUCCACUAGAAGACGCUGAAGGGGAAUCAGUGGCCACCUGCCGCUUCAACCCCACCUACGACAAGAUCAUGGGCGUUGACCUUCGCGGGGCCAGGGAGGAAAUCCGUGCCAGAGAUCAGCUGGGCAUCACCAUCGAGUGCCUGAAGGAGUGUGACCGUCGGCAGGACAGGUGUUUGGCUGUCACCCUCGAGACGUCUCCCUCCACGGCCCAGAGGUGUUAUGCUCUUGAACGGGCGGCAGGCAAUGACCCCGGGGCACUCACCUCCUCCCCGCAGGUGUCUUACUUCGAGAAGGUCUGCAUACCAGAACGGGGCUGCGGGAAGGCUUGGACGUUCGUAAGAGUGCCAGGGUAUGACCUCACAGUGAACGGGAGGAUCGUGACCAACAUCCCUACACGAGAAGAGUGCCAAGCGGAGUGCCUUAGAGCCACCGGUAUCCCCUGCAGGUCGGCCGUGUAUAACGUCAGAGAUCGAACGUGUAAACUGAUGGCGGAGACAAGACGCACGGAUCCGGACAAGUUCACCUUAAGUUCCAGGAACGAUGAGUUUAUGGAGAAUCAGUGUGCUCCAGAUCCCCCCAACUGCGACUACGCCAACUACGAGUCGGUUCCUUCCUUCUUCGACCCCUUCACCAAUGUCUUCGACAGAUUAAAACAAUACUGCACAGCAAGGGACUUCACCUCAGAGCUACAACUUCCAGGUUGUUCCAGUCAGCUGAUUUCGUUCAGGCGUGAGUGUUCGCUCAGUUCAGAUGACACCUUCAGCGUGGGUGGCCAGAGCGCCCUACAGGUGGAGCGAGACUAUUUCUACUCAGAGAAGGGCGCCUGCAAGACUGUAAAGGUCGACUGCACGCCCACGGAUAUGCUGGUGACCUUCGCCUUCGGCACGCCCUUCGAAGGACGGGUGUACGCCACAGGGAACGCCCAGGCCUGCUUUGAGAGAUGGGCAACAGACAGACACAAUUGA